ACCACAUGCCGCAUACGCUCGCCCUGCGACAAUUGUACUACUGGCUCUUUUGCGCGAUAAUAUUGAGCGGCGCUGCUGGAGGUUUUGCGGAUCAAUGGUCCAGUCACGCAUUCUUGGCCGACUUCUUGGAUGGAAGACUGAGGAAUCUCAGGGACGCCGCAAGACGGAGGGAUAAUAUCUUUCUCAGGCCAAUCGAGCCCUGGGAUGGAGGAAACUACAGCUGGAAAUACCCCAAGCGAGGACAGAAACCGCAAAUGACCGGACGACAAAAGGUUUUGCUACUCCCUGCCAUUGCAGCCGUUGCAUUUCCGGUUGUCAUUGCGUUCAUAAUGUCUUGGUAUACACCAACGACGGGUCUGGGUGACAGGGGGAUCAUGGAGCUGUCUUUCGCCGGCAUGUGGAUACUGAAUUUCCUCAUCACAAUGUCGGGAAGCCUAAUGUUGCCUGAGAAAAACCUUCACCAACUGUUCAAGAUCUACUUCUGGAACACAUUUUGGUCACUCGGGAGUUUGUACAUUCUCUUCGGGGCCUUCCAAGGAUGGUACAACAACUGCAAGUCUUGGUCUGCAUAUUUCAGCAAAGGCGCCUCAGAAGCGUUCAUCGAUCUGAACAUGAGAGACACGAUCCAGAAAAACAUCUUCAAAUUCUACUUACCAAUGACCGCUGCCUCACUAGUCACCCAGCUCUUGAUCGCAGCAUUCGUUAUUUGGAUCAAUUGGGAAGUGGUUCGAUUUACAACUUGGAGUGACGAUGAGAAUCGUGUUUUCUUUGACAGACACCGAAGAAUUGAGGAGAUGGAAAUGGCGCAUAUAUCAGACCAAGAGGAUCCGUCAGAAAGAGGGUUGCUGGCGAGUGAACGAGGGCUUCCAACUAUGGCGUCCGAAGAGUGGACUGUGUCUUUUGAGGAGGAUAGGUUGCGAGAAUAUGUUUAAUAUCAGAUUCAGAACAAUUGCAAAAUAAUAGUCGUUUC